AUGCUUUAUUCUUAUUCAGAAAUUGAACGCCUUCUGAGAGAUGGAAUGAUUUAUGUGGAGUUCAAGUAUGCCUGGCACUCGCAUUUAGAAGAAACGCUUAAGUUUUGGCCAGAUUAUGAAAUGCUAAAAAUGUUAGAAGACUGUUUAAAACAUGGAGCAAACCCAAGCAACAGAGGAGGUGCGGGGGUAACUGCCCUAAUGCUAACGUGUAAGAACCUAAGUGGUCGUAGCCGGGAUUCAACUGCAGUGGAACAGGUGAUGUCGUUACUCCUGGAUCACGGAGCUGAAGUGAAUCAACAGGAUUUUUAUGGACGUACUGCGCUUCAUUAUGCAUUUAAAUCCGAAUAUGACACUGAAGCAAGGCUUGCUCGAAAACAACGUGUUGUUCAAAUCCUUAUUCAGCACAACGUAGACAUUUAUUUAAAAGAUUCGUCUGGGCUUUCCGCCUUUGACAUGGCUAAGCGUGAGGGACACGAAUCUUGGUUAAGAACCGAUGAAGCAUGAAUUGACGGUUCCAUAACUCGAUAAGCCCGCUCUAAUCUGAACAAGUCCCUUAUUCAACAGAAAGCAAGACUCGUACGAGAUCUGAUAAAAAUAAAGAACUUGAUGCUAUCACUUGGAACCCCAAAACUAACCUUAGCGACCAAAGCACGUACACGUUUACACUGGAAAUUUCGAAGAAUUGAAUCAACUCCAAAAAACUUAUUCCGUGACCGUUUUUGGUGACCACUUUUGCAGUUGAUUCAUUUGGAAAUUUACAGUUAGGUUAUACAAUUAAGUAACAAUAUAUAUAGCAUUUGUAUAUAGGCAGAGAGUAACAGAUGAUGAACUGCAUCGCAAUACAAUUAAGUAACAAUAUAUAUAGCAUUUAUAUAUAGACAAAGAGUAACAGAUGAUGAACUGCAUGGGAAUACAAUUAAGUAACAAUUACGUGUUUUAUGCUGGGCAUUAAUAUUUAUCCUAAGAUUACGAUUUCCGCCUGGUUCAUCUAUCGUAAGUAACAGUAUAUAUAGCAUUUGUAUAUCAGGGCAAGAGUGACCAGACAUUGAACUGGUAGUACAAUUAAGUAGCCUAACAAUAUACAGGGUGUAUCAA